AUGGAUUGUUCAUAUAAAAAAAUUAAAGAUCAAUUAUUAUCAGAUAUAAUUCCAGUGAAUGAUCGAGAUUUAAAUGAACAAACAAUUCGACAAAGAUUAUUAACUCGUCCACGGAGUGAACCAUCAUUCAGUAUUGAUCCAGAACCCAAUAAUUAUCAGCGUCAUCUAUCUGCCAGUAAUUUAUAUGAUCAAGCUGAUGAUUUAAUUGAUACAGUACUUGAAGUUCCAACAAAAUGUGUUGAACAAGCAAAAGAAGUUGGUAAACGUGUUGUUCAAUAUGUUGUUGAUCAUAGUCAUCUUCCGCAAUGGUUACUUGAUAAUGAAUUUCUUAUAUCAGGACAUCGUCCACCAAUGCCAAGUUUUAAAAAAUGUUUUGCAUCAAUUUUUCGUCUUCAUACAGAAACAGUUAAUAUAUGGACACAUUUAUUGGGUACAUUAUUUUUUAUUAUAACUGCUAUUUAUUUUAUUUCUCGACCAUCAAGUGAAGUUCAUAUUGAAAAAAAAUUAAUUUUUGGUGCAUUUUUUCUUGGAGCUAUUCUUUGUUUAUUAUGUUCGACAUUAUAUCAUACACUUUAUUGUCAUUCACCAAAAAUUUCGAAAUUUUUCAGCAAACUUGAUUAUUGUGGAAUAGCAUUUUUAAUUAUUGGAUCAAUUAUUCCAUUACUUUACUAUCAAUUUUAUUGUGAAUUUGGCACAAAAGUGGCUUAUUUAACAUUCAUUGGUGUAUUAGGCAUUGGAUGUAUAGUUGUUUCAAUGUGGGAUAAAUUUUCUUCAGCUCACUAUCGAAUUUAUCGAGCCUUACUUUUUAUUACCUUUGGUGUAUUUGGCUUUAUUCCAAGUUGUCAUUAUAUGAUUCAGUUUGGGGUUGAACAUGCUUUUAAAGUGGGUGCUAUACAAUAUUUGCUGUUAGUUGCUGCACUUUAUUUGAUUGGUGCUUGUCUUUAUGCUGCACGAAUACCUGAACGAUUAGCUCCUGGCCUUUUUGAUAUUUGGUUUCAAAGUCAUCAACUCUUCCACGUAUUUGUUGUGGUUGCAGCUUGUGUUCAUUAUUAUGGUAUAUGUGUAUUAUCACAUAAUCAAACAACUGUUUUUGGUGACUGUCGAAAUAUUUUAAGUUCAAAUACUGUUCCGAUAGCUUCAAUAAUCAGUUAA